AUGGCAACCAAGGGAAAAGAACCUAUCAUGUGGACAGAAGAUAAAAACUCCCUGGAAGAAACGAAACGAUACAGAUUGUCCUUCUUUGGGCGCAGGAGAGUACCUCACGCGCUGGCCGUGCCCGCGUGUGAAGUCUGGGAAUAUGAGGUAGCAGGAACAGUGAAUGAAAUAUGGAACCAUCUCCCGAAGAAGCUGUCUCGCUGGAAAUUAUACCGGCGUGAGUUGUUACACUACCUGGAGCACUUCUUGCAGGCUCUUAUUAACAGAGAUCGUUUGUCAGCCCCCACAAGCAGAACUGAGUCAACGUGGGAGAGCUUCGUCGCCUGCUGUAAAGGGCAGGGGUUGCUCUCUUCAGAGGGACUUGACGCCAGAGCGUGCCAUUACUUGACAAAUGUAGCCGCUUCUAGGCCACUGUAUUUUAUUCUGGAUGACAAUUUUUAUUAUCGAAGCAUGAGAUAUGAAGUGUACCAGCUGGCUCGCAAAUAUUCUUUGAGCUUCUGCCAGUUAUUUUUAGAGUGUCCACUUGAAUGGUGCUUGCAAAGAAAUCGUCUAAGAAGUCAUCCUUUACCCGAUCAGACAAUAUAUCUAAUGGCAAGAAAAAUAGAAAGGCCAGAUCUUGAGAAUAAUGCUUGGGAAAAGAACAGCCUCAUCCUGAAAAGUUUUGAAUGUACUUUGGAGGAUAAUUUGCAGAUCAUUCACUUGCUGGCCAAUGCUUUGGAAAAUCCAGUGAAGCCAAAUGAGGAAAAUACAGAGGAAAAGGAAGUAGAUCGAGCAAUCUGUGCAGCUAGUACUGUCCAUCAAGCUGAUCAGACUUUCAGACGAGUCAUCUCUCAAACAAUGAAGGAUGCAAAAGAUAAAAAGGUAUGCCCAAGUGAGAUGAAGAGCCUGGCAGAGGAACUCGGCAAACUCAAAGCAGAAUUUUUAGAAGAUUUACGACAAGGAAGUCAUCUGAAAAAUCAGAUUUACCAACAAAAUAGUGACCCUGUAACAAGUAUAACUUCUUCAUUCCAGUAUGAGGCAAUCAAUGUAGUCAAUAAAUAUAUUUUUAAAUAAUGACAUGUAAUACUUUUUUUCCAGAGUUAAAAGUAUUUAAAAUGUAAUAUGGCUUUUAGCAGUACUGCUGAAAAAAUUUGAGAGAUGAAACUUAUUUCCCUGGAAGUUUGUGCCCUCACGUAACAUCUCUCCCUGUAAAAGAAGCCUGGUCUAGCAUGAUGUGUUUGAUUUUGAAGAUCAAGCCAACAAAAAAAAAUCACUAGAUUCUUAGAUUUAAAUUUCACAGAAUCAUAGAAAAAUUAAGUAUGGGAGGGACCUCUGGAAGCUGUCUAAUCCAACCUCUUUCUUGAAGCAGGGUUAAUUUCAGGCUGGAUAGGUUUCCUCAGAGCCUCAUCUAGCUGAGUUUUGAAGAGCACCUUUGCUCUUUUCCUUACCUGUGUGAGUUACUUUCUGCACAAGAGCACAGCUUCACCUGUAGACCUUUUGAUUAGCCUGAUAGAUAGGAAAUGUUCUGAUGUUUUAAGAGUUGCGUGCCUGAAACUCCUCUGACAAGAGGGAAGUUUGCUACUUAUGUGAAUGAUCUGCACUACUUCAAAAGGUGGGGAAGAAAAAGGGUAAGCUUUCAUUGCACUUCAUAGGAAGAAUAUCUACUGAGAAUAUCUAUUUGGUUCAGCUCCUUGGGGGACUUGAGUAAAGGACUGUUUCAUUUCUGGACAUUGAUCAGCUCUGCUGUGUCAAAACUGGUAUAGUCCUGAAUGCUUGCACAGCUCCUAAGUGCCUAGGAAGGUAGAAAAAAUGAGGAAGGAUGGAGUUCAGCAUUUCAAGAAUGAGGUGGCAUCUAUACAAUGAACUAUGGCAUCUAAAGUCAGGACUUGGGAAACUAAAUCAGGACUUGAGGGGAACUUAGGUGUCUAAAGUCUCUUUUUUGGAUCAGGGUCUUGGCCUCUCAGCCUGUUUCCCUGACAGCAACUUUAGAAGGAAGAGAUUUGAUAACGCAUUUCAGCUUAGGCUCCCGAAAGCUGUAUGCGCAUAUGUGUGUGUACGUGCAUAAGACUAACUCAGAUGUCCAAAAGAACUUGAAAGUUUGGUUUUGCCUUGAACAUUGUGAUGAAUAAUACACUCAAAUUCCAUAUGCAGUGAUGACAGCCUUACUGUGAUUAAAAACUCAUUUCAGACAUGGAAACGCCGUUGAUAAUCAGGAAAUAUAAAAAUAGCAUGAUAAAUAAGACAUUUGGAAGGUGAGCAAAUACGAAAGACGAUGAACUCUAGAACUGAACUCCUUUCAUAUCAUUUGCAACUGUAGAAGCAGACAAAAAUAAACAUACUGUUCCCCCUUCCCCUCUGAAAUGGUAAAUCAGCUAAAUGAUUAUAGAGACUGCUGAAGUGCACAGCUCCUUGGGACUCCAGUUCACUGCUUGUUAUUUGCAGCUUGCCCUAGAAGUGCCUUGACUAUACCUGAUGUGAUGAAUCCUGGAGGGAAACAGGAGCUGGUUGUUACGUACUUGCUCUCCACAGGUCCAAACAGACUCUAAGGACCAGAUGAAUCAGUUCCAGUUUACUAGGCCAUAUACAAGCAUGAGCGCAGGGGAUUCAGUUGUAAUAAUUCACUGCAGACUACGGCAGUCCGUACACAGCUUUCAAACAGCAGUUCACCAGGAUCCAGCUGUUGCAGCAUAUGCAAUUUUAAGAACAACUAACAUUAAACUUAAUUAGAAAGUGUUAUUUUAUUCAUAUCUUACAAAAGCAAAGCUUCACAACAUGAACUACACUAGAUAUAGUCAAGUUAUUUCAAAACUUGUCUUCUGAAAACAUUCACUACACAAUAAAAUUUAUUUUACAAUUCUAACAGCUCUCAAUUUUGCAUACAAAAUAUGCUCUUUACAUUGAAAUACAUAUUUUUAACAAAGCAGGUACUUAGAAGCACAUACACAAAGACUGCUCAAUGAAAAAUGCUUCAGCAGGGAAUAGAUUUUCCUGCAGCAGAACAUCCAUUUGCUGUAGAUUUUAAAAGAAACUUAAAAUUAAUGGAAAACUUGCCAGUGAAGAUUUCUAAAUUACAUUCCCUUCGUCAAAAGAAAAAACAAACAAACAAGCAAAACCUCGAAACAUUCUGGAACAAAACAAAUAGCAACAGAACAUUGUGCUAGAAAAGACUGUUAAAACAUGUCUUCUAGCACUGACUUUUAUGUUAACAUGCCAAUCAACAUUUUAUGUCAAAAUUAUCUAAACACUGUAUCUGUGAAAAGUCACCUAUUAUUCCCUGUUAAGCUUCUCCACAGCUGGUUUAAGUAUUAACAGAGAUAACUAAUCUACCAACAACUUCAGUCUAUUAUUUGCAUGUUUGGUGAAAUAUUCAGUCUCAAAAUACUAAGUCUGUAUUAAGAGUACUAUAAAUAGUGCAUGUUAAAAAUAUGUCCAAAAAAGUUAUAAAAUAAUCUAGUAACAGGUUAAAAAAAAAAAAAAAAACACCUCCACAAAGUUAAUGUUUUCCAACUACAGAAUUUAACAGAAUCAAGCUGUGGAAAAAAUUCAGCUCAUCCUCAAACUUUCCUGUUAAUACAAGUGAAAAAGCUAAUCAGCACCUUAUACAUUAUAAGGAUUUGUUUUGUUUUCUUUUUAAGUUAGUGCAGUGUAGCACAUGGAGAACUCAAUAUGGUUAAGUCCUACUAACCUAAGGCUCGAUCCUGCAAUUCCUUACAAGUAUUUACUUGUGCAAGACCUGUCAGGAUCAUACUCUAAAACAAUUUUGCAGAAUUAAUUCUGCUCUUUAAAUUAUAGUAAAUGGUAUACACAAAAUUAUGAAAAACUACUAUGCAAAUACACCUUCCAAACAUACUCAGUAGUCAGAAGGAAAUAGGUAUAGUCAAGAUACUGUUUGGCACAACUGAACACACGGUAUUAUGUUGAAAAACUAAGAAUCCUAGUCCAGAAGCUGACUCUCUGAAGGACUUGGAAGUCAGCGCGGAUUCCCCGCCCACAGAUCUGGUUGUGAAAGGCAUGAUGCCAAAGCCUGUUGCCUCCUAAGAAUUCCCCCUACAAACGAGAGCUUGCACAAGGAAAGACAGAAAGCUAGUUUUAAAGCGUUCAAAAGUUUUUAGAUGUCCAAAGAAUUCUCUUUUUCUUGGGUACCUUGAAGUAGAAAAAGUGAUAUUAAAUCAGUAGUUUUAAAAUAUUUCUAAAUAAUUUGCAAGGUUUGGGGUUGGGCUUUUUUUUUUUUUUUUAAAUACUGAGUUCUAUUAUUAAGAACAUGAUACACUUAAUCCUCAGUAUGGGAUCCUCUCCUGAAUGAGAGCCCCUUUUUAUAAAGAUAAUGCAAGGUGUUUUCUUACUACCAGCUACUUCUAUUGACCUAACUAUUCUUUUAUCUAAAAUUUCUUCCAGGGCAUCACUGUUCGCAAAACCAUUUCACAAAUUGCCAAAUCAUUAGCCUACAUUAAAAAAAA